GAAAUGGUGAAAAGAAGUCAAAAUUUCACACUUGAACAUACAUAUUUCAAUCAAGAAUCAUUUUAUGAACACCAAUAUAUAAUUUUGUAGAACAUGAACACUCAUCUCUCACCCUAGCAAAUUAAGAUCAAUUAGGAAAAUAUAAUUAAAUCCUAUAGCAAGCUAAUAUUGUUCAUUCAUCAACAUGACAUGCAUUAGCAACAAUAUCAUAGAAGGCUUGAAGCCUGUGUUUCUGAUGGUGUUGAUUCAAUUUAUUUUUGCUGGGGUUAGCAUCCUGUUCAAGUUGGUUGCAAGUACUGGGAUGAGUUUGACUGUUCUAAUGGCCUACCGUUACUUCUUUUCAUCAGCUUUCAUGGUUCCUCUUGCCUACUUUGUUGAAAGGGAGAGGAAGCCAAAGAUCACUAUGAAAGUACUCUUUCAAGCAUUUCUUUGUGGUUUAUUUGGGGCGACAAUACAACAAAAUUUGUUUGUGGAAGGUGUGGCUUUGGCAGGUGCGACAUAUGCUACAGCCAUGUAUAAUCUCAUUCCUGCUGUUACCUAUAUCUUAGCCGUCUGUUUUGGGUUGGAAAGGUUGAACAUUAAAACAAAAACCGGGAAGGCCAAGGUGCUUGGCCCUUUGGUGGGAGUUAGUGGAGCCAUGAUACUCACCUUCUACAGGAGCAUUGAGAUUCACCUCUGGCCAACCAUUGUGAACCUAAUGAAAAAUAAGCCCAAAAAUGCGGCUACCUCUCAUAUUUUUGGCACUUCUCUUGCUUUUGGAACUUGUCUAUCGUACUCUAUAUGGUUGAUAAUUCAGGCUAGGAUGAGUGCCAAGUUUCCUUGGCAUUAUACAAGUGCAGCUUUGAUGUCAGUGAUGGCAUGCAUUCAAUCAACUAUAUUUGCUGUGUGCAUGGAAAGAGAUAAUUGGAGUCGAUGGAAGCUUGGCUGGAAUAUCAAACUUUUCACUGCAGUUUAUGUGGGUGUUGUAGCUUCUGGAAUACCUUGGGUUCUGACGGCGUGGGUUUUGCGCUUAAAAGGCCCACUUUAUGCAUCCUCUUUCAACCCUCUAUUCCUCGUUAUAGUGGCCAUUGCAGGGUCUCUAUUUUUAGAUGAAAAACUCUAUUUGGGAAGCGUGAUAGGAGCACUACUGAUUGUACUCGGGCUAUACAUUGUCUUGUGGGGUAAAGGUAAAGAGUUAAAGAGCAAUGUUGAGCAAAAGCAUAAAAAUGACCCACUUGAAGAAGUUGAACCAUUGGAGAUAGUUACCACAAAGCAAAUAAAUGGUAAAAGUGCUGAUGAUAAAAGUGUUGAUGAUGGCAAUGACAUCAAGUGUGGUGAUUCUUGAUGGAAAAUCGUCAUUAAAAAGAAUUGCAGAAAAGAAACCAAAGGAAACAACUUAAACUCACUAUAGAAGACAUUUGAUCAAAGAUCAAUCAAGUUAUGGAUAAUGUUACAUAGCAUAUGUGUGGAGUGUUGGAUAGUAUAUCCUUAUUUUUAUUUUUUACGUCUUAUGCCUAGUAUAGCCUUUUACUAGCUGCUUAUUUACUAUUUAUAUUUGUUUCAUUAUUUUUUAUUGUAACACAAGUUAUCACAAUGUCACCCUAAUAUAGUUCUGCUUUCUCU